GUGAAUGUGCACAAUGGAUGGAACGCAAAUCACGCUGCUCUCAAUGGCGAUAAGAACAACGAGACUGAUGGCUGGGGGGACCACGUAACACCGUUUCACUCCCCUCAAGGCACGGCUGGUGAAUGGGUACAAGAUCCCUUCGGUUUUGCUGGCUACACGUAUACUGGUCCUGGCUUCCGUCUGCCUUUCUACAUAAUAUCUCCUUGGACACGUGGUGUGAAUGUGUACACGGAGCACUGUGACCACAGUAGCCAAAUUCUCUUCCUCGAGAAGAGGCUGGCAGCGAAGGGCAACCCUUUCACGCAGCACGAGAUGAACACAUGGAGAAGAGCAAACAUGGGAGAUCUUACCAGAGCUUUCGACUUCGAGCAUCCCGACUAUUCUGUUCCCAAGAUGCCAAACGCCAGCUAUCCAUCUACUGAUAAGAAAGUCCCGUAUGGCAUUCAGAACGAGACAACUGCACUGAAGACCGAGCAAGGCUUCAAAGUCAUGCGUGGCAACCCGACUGAAGGGCGUUAUCUCGUAUUCGAGGCGAAUGGACAAUCUCUCACAAAUUCGAAAGGCUUCCUCGUUGGCUCCCAGUGUAAGCCCAAGCAUGAUGCCAAAGAGCAACGUUUUGUCUUGCACCAGCAAGGGCUGACGAAAUUCACCAUAACAAGCGCCGUUGAUGGCAAAGCCGUCAAAGGUCUUGACGGCAUCUACACCAUCUGGGACCUUGGGAGAGGCGAGGGGUACACCAUUCAGGACACCGCGUCGCAAAAGUAUAUUGCAUUGGACUCGCAAGGCAAAGUCACGAUGAGCAAGACGCCAACGGGAUUUGCAGCUUUCAGCGUUAAGUUACAUAUGAUCAGUAGACAUCGGAGGGUCGGAAACUUCAUCUGGCUUUCGAUCGCUCUUCAAGAAAUCGCCGAGUGA